UUCCUAUCCCAACUCCAGACUCCAAAGUGCCUCGUCUAUCUCUCUGCACGCUCAUGAUGCUAAUAGAAAGGCCAUCCAUUCUCCUGCUGUUGGCUUUUUUGUUAGCGCAGCCAUGCAUACUUCACUUGACAGAAUCCUCCAACAACUUUAUCGAUCAAUCAGCUCUCCUUGCCUUCAAAUCUAAAAUCAGUUUUGGUCCAAACGAUACUGUCUUCUCUGCUGGUAACUGGUCCACAACAACAAACUUCUGUGAGUGGUUUGGGGUCUCUUGCAGUCGACGCAGACAAAGAGUCACAGCCUUAAACCUUUCUUACAUGGGUAUCCGUGGCACCAUUUCCCCUCAUAUUGGAAACCUCUCCUUCCUAGUCUCACUUAAUCUUGAAAACAACAGCUUCUAUGGUUUUCUGCCACAUGAGAUUAGUCAUCUGCGCCGCUUAAGGAAACUUCAGUUGUCAAACAACCUAUUGGAAGGUAGUAUCCCUCCAACUAUACAUAAUUGCCAGAAGCUUAGAUAUUUCUCUCUUGAAUUAAACAAGUUAAAUGGUACAAUUCCUUUGUCCCUCGGCAAUAUGUCUUCAUUAGAGUUCUUGAAUUUAAGAGCCAAUAGCCUCACUGGUUCAUCUCCUCUUGCCAUCUUUAACUUGUCUUCUCUAAUGGCUAUUUAUAUUUCAUAUAAUCAUUUUUCAGGAACCCUUCCAAUAGAUCUUUGCAGCAAUUUUCCUGAUAUUCAACUACUGUAUAUUUCCCAUAACGAAUUCAGUGGUAAGCUCCCCUCUCAGUUUAACCACUGUACAGAGCUUUUAGAAUUAUCUCUGUCAUACAAUAAGUUUGAUGGAAGUAUUACAAAAGGUUUUGGGAGUUUAGAAAAGCUUGAAAUGCUAUUUCUUGGACAUAACAACUUAACUGGAAAUAUACCUCCUAUCAUUAGCAACUUGUCGAUGUUACAGCACUUUGCCAUUGAAAAUAACCACAUAGAAGGAAGCAUUCCAAGUGAUUUAGGGCGUCUCCAAAAUCUGAAUUUAUUGUUUUGUCUACGGAAUAACCUCACAGGGAAAAUACCCCAAAAUAUUUUCAACAUUACCUCUCUACAAACGCUCCACUUGUUUGAUAAUUCCCUGUCUGGAAAUCUUCCUUUAGGUACUUGGCUCUCUUGCUCUAAUCUAGAAAAUCUGUAUCUUAAUUACAACAAAAUUAGUGGUCCUAUCCCAUCAUAUCUUUCAAAUUGUUCUAACCUCAUUCGGGUAGAAUUUUUUGACAAUUUACUCUCUGGACCUAUACCCAGAAAUCUUGGAAACUUAAAAUAUCUCCAAUUACUUAAUCUGGGUGAUAAUCAGCUGACAGAUGAACCUGGAGAUCAAGAACAUAGUUUCCUUUCAUCUUUGACUAGUUGCAGAGUUUUGGAAAAGCUAUCUUUAUCUUCCAAUCCCUUGAAUAUUGCAAUCCUGGAUGUCAUUGGAAAUUUUUCAGUUUCACUUGAACUCUUUGUUGCAGAUCAAUGCCAAAUAAAGGGUCAAAUUCCAAUGGGAAUCGGUUCACUGAAAAACUUGAACACUCUUUUGUUGAAUGGUAAUAGUUUGACCGGAACCAUACCAUCAACAAUUGGGGGAUUGAAGAGCUUGAACACUCUUUUGUUGAACGGUAAUAGUUUGACCGGAACCAUACCAUCAACAAUUGGGGGAUUAGAGAGCUUGCAAAGAUUGUAUCUUGAUGAAAACAAGAUUGAAGGAUUCAUUCCAGAACAACUCUGUCAAAUAAAGAACCUGGGAGAAUUGUCUCUCUCAAAUAACAAUAUCUCCGGAUACAUCCCAGAUUGCAUCGGAAAUCUCAAUCUUUUGCAGAAGCUAAACCUUAGUUCUAACCAACUGUCACCAUCAAUACCAUCAAAUUUAUGGAGUAUUGAAAAUCUGUUGUUUUUAGAUUUAUCAUGGAAUUCCCUUAGUGGGCCUCUAUCUCCAAAUCUUAGAAAAGUAGAUGCUAUUGAAUACAUAAAUUUAUCCCAUAAUCAAAUUACUGGAAAUGUUCCAAGUAUCAUUGGAAGUUUUGAAAGCCUACGUUAUCUUGAUUUGUCAAAGAACUCAUUUCAAGGAGACAUUCCACAAUCUUUUGGACAAUUGAAGGGAUUGGAUCAGUUGGACCUCUCAAAUAAUAAUCUCUCUGGUAAAAUUCCUAAGUCUCUUGAGGCAAUUCGAUAUCUUAAGUAUUUGAAUUUGUCCUUCAAUAAGUUAUCAGGAGAGAUUCCAUCCAGUGGACCUUUUGCAAACUUCAUGGCAGAAUCAUUUAUAGGUAAUGAAGCACUUUGUGGGAAUCCAAUUUUUGGAGUUCCACCUUGCACAAGUCCAAGUUCUCAUGGAUCAAGGGUAAAACAAAUUUUGCUCAUAUAUAUUGUUCCUGUCAUUGCAUCACUUAUAAUCUUUGCAGCACUAGUCAUUAUGCUGAGAAGAGAUCGACAAUGUAACAUGCACAUUCCAAGUUUACCUAUCACAUUGCGUGAAGUGGAUCAUAGAAUGAUAUCAUACCACGAGAUUUGUCGUGGGACAAACAAUUUUUGUGAAAGCAACUUGCUUGGAACUGGAGGUUUUGGUUUUGUGUACAAAGGGAUACUAUCUGAUGGUACAAUUGUUGCUGUCAAAGUUCUUAAUCGGCAAUUGGAGGGUGCUUUUAGAAGUUUUGAUGCUGAAUGCAAGGUGCUGAGGUCAAUCCGACAUAGGAAUCUAGUUAAAGUCAUUAGUACAUGCUCCAACCCUGAGUUUAGAGCUUUGGUGCUGCAAUACAUGUCAAAUGGUAGCCUUGAAAGGUGGUUAUACUCUCACAACUACUGCUUGAAUCUUGUUCAAAGAGUAAGCAUUAUGAUGGAUGUUGCAUUAGCGUUAGAAUAUCUCCACAAUGGUAGAUCAGAAUCUGUGGUGCAUUGUGAUUUGAAGCCUAGCAAUAUCCUUUUAGAUGAAGACCUAGUUGCACAUGUUGGUGACUUUGGCAUUGCAAAGAUUUUAGUUGAAAAUGACACAACCCAAACCCAAACCAUUGGUACAAUUGGCUACAUCGCACCAGAGUAUGGUUCUGAAGGAAGAGUAUCUACCAAAUGUGACAUUUAUAGUUAUGGGAUAAUAUUGUUGGAGAUUUUCACAAGAAAGAAACCCACUGAUGAAAAUUUUGUUGGAGAAUUAAAUAUGAGGCAAUGGAUUGCAUCACUUCCUGAUCGAAUGAAAGUUGUGGACGAUGGUUUGCUUAACAUUGAAGAUGGAAGAGAUGUAACUGCCAUGAAAACUAUUCUUUCAUCUAUCUUAGAACUAGGCUUAAGGUGUUCUGAAGAAUUACCAGAUGAAAGGCUUGACAUCAAGGCUGUGGUGACCCAAGUUAACAAAAUCAAAUUGGCAAUACUUGGAAAUAGAAAAAAUGGUGUCUGAUAUCUGUGUUAUUGUUCAAGUUUCAUAUCGUGCAAGUACCUUGUUAAAGCUUGUUUUCCUUUAUUAUUAUUUCUAGUUAUAAUUUUGUGACCCUUGCUUUUGUAUGUCCUAUGAUUCUGUAAACUACUUAUAAGUGGUAUGUUACUUAGGACCAAAAUUAUCCCAAGUUAUUAGCAUUUGAAGUUAA